AUGUCGACCUCCGAUAAGACUGCUGUUCGAUUCCAGAAACUGCCGAGUGAAGAGCGCGGAAAGGCGAACCACGGCUGGUUGAAGACGUUCCACACGUUCUCGUUCGCGGAUUAUUCUGACGCUCGGUUCAACAACUUUGGUUGUCUGCGAGUCAUCAACGAGGACCGCGUUGAGCCCCAGACUGGCUUCGGAACGCAUCCGCAUCGCGAGUUUGAGAUAUUCUCGUAUGUCGUUUCGGGGGAGUUGCAGCAUAAUGAUUCGCUGGGCAACAAGGAAAUCCUGAAGCGGGGAGACCUCCAAAUGACUUCCACCGGCACAGGCAUUCGUCACAGCGAACAUACACAUGGACCCAAACAGGUCCAUUUCUUGCAGAUAUGGGCCUUGCCGUCGCAGAGGGGCCUCAAACCUCAGUACUACACCAGACAUUUCACAGACGCAGAAAAAAGGAAUAAAUGGGCUCAUAUCGUCGCUCCCUUUGAUUCCUCCUCCUCCUACGUCUCUCUCGACCGCGAAGCCCCAGGCCCCGCACCCGUCCAUGCGCCUUUAUCUCUCUACGCCACCCUUCUCUCGCCAGCCACCUCUCUUUCGUACACGUUCACUGGCACCGCUUCUUCGACGUCAGACCAAGGGAAAGAGGAAGAGAAAGAGCAAGAGCGGAAGAUGUAUGUCCAUGUGGUGCAGACGUCGGGAUAUAAUACGGGUGCUGCGGGUGGGAAUACCGUGCGCAUCAUUUCGACUCAGGAGGCGGGUGGGGAUGGGGAUGGGGGUGAGGAGACGGGGAAGGGGAAGGGGGAGGUGGCGUUGAGAGAAGGAGACGGGGCGUUCGUGUGGGGGAGGGUGGGCUGUGAAGUGAGGGUGGAGAAUGUGGGAGAGGGCGUGGCGGAGGUGUUGUUGUUCGAGAUGGAUUGA